AUGCAGAAGCGUGCUGUCAACAGAGUCACCAAACCGACAAACUUCCGCCGACCCAACCGCAGGAUCGACGAGGACCAAUUGGCUGCCCACUUCGAGGGCACCGAAGAGGAAAACGCGCUUUACCGCGCCGCAGCCGCCGUUGCGAGCGCCGAGGGCCAGGAUGUUGUCGACACCGACGAGGCCGUGAUGGAGGAAGUGGGCAACGCGUUUAAGGACGAGCAGGCCCAGCAUGAAGUUGAUGUCGACGGCAACGGCGAAGGCGACGUCGAUGUCGAGCAUGAGACCCACCAUCACCAUCACCAUCACCACCAACACGGCGGCCAUGACGUGCAGGGCGACGCGCUCGACCACGAGAUGCCCAUGGCGCCCAUGAGCGCGGAGCCGCACCACCAGCAGGCGCACCACGUCGGCCACCAGAACCUCGACGACAUCCUCGGCCACGCGAGUAUGACCUACGCCCAGGCAGCAGCCGCAGCCGCAGACCUCCAGCCGCCGCCUCCUCCCCAGCCGAACGUUGGCGGCGCGACGAUAUCUGCCCCGCAGCCCCUCGUCGCAGCGACCGACUUCCAGCCCACGCCCUCGACAAGCCAGCACACACAGUCACUACAACCGCCCUCCCUCGGCGCGCACCCCGCGGGAUCGUCAGCGACUUCCGCGCAGCAGCACCAGCAACAGGAGCCCCCUCAGCCGCCGCCCAAGACGACGGAGCAGAUGGCAGAGGAGUCCGGGUACGCGGGGUUCAAGGUGGACAGCGCGUUCGCGAAGCGCAUGUCGCGCGACCCGGGCCAGCGGCUGGCCGAGCAGCGGCGGCAGGGCCAGGACCUCAACCUGGUGCGGCGCAGCAACGUCGAGGCGCUCUUCGCCCAGAUCGCCGGCUCCGAGGCCGCCAACCCGUGCGCCCACUGCCGCAAGGGCCAGGGCCCCUGGACCGUGUGCGUCGUCUACAGCGGCCAGAUGAUGGGCAGCUGCGCCAACUGCUGGUUCAACGCGUCCGGGUCGAGGUGCUCGUUCCACGAGAAAUCACAACCGCCCCUCCCCGGCGCCCACCACCCCUACGCGACCCUCCCAGUAGCGAUGCCGGUACUCGGCCAGGAGCAAGGAAUAGGCGUGGGGCCAGGAGUAGCCGGUGGUGCAGGCGGAGGCGGCGCCGCCGGGCACAUGGUGGGCUCGCCGGUGCAGCUCCACGCCGCGCAGCUGUGGCAGGCGCCCGCCGCGCUGUUCUCGCACGACGCCGGUGUUAAGCACACGGUGCAGAACGCGCUGGUGCAGGUGCGGCAGGCGGACCGGUACGCGCGCGCGCUGAUCGAGGUCGAGGUCGCGGCGAAGCAGCUCGCGCUCAAGAUCGUGCAGGCCGAGGAGGUUGCUGCCGGCCUGGGCGUCGGCGUCGGCGUCGAGGGUGACGAGGAGGACCAUGGUGUUGAUGAGGACGAGGACGGCCGUCACGGCAGCGGGUAUGAGUCACCCGCGCCGGGCGGUAACGGCAUGCCGGAGGAUGGGGAGCCAUGA